AUGGAUACCAGCGCGUGGGUCAAAAGGGUCAAGUCUGCGAAAGCGACUGUCAUUAUUGAGGAUGGAAAGCGUAAGGUCCACUUCUUAUUUCCUGAAGGUUUGCAAAUGGUUGAAGAAUAUGACUUGUCUACCCAUAAUCUACUGACAAGGAAAUUCAGAAGCAAAACCGUACUUGGUGGGGACGGGCAGUGGGAAUAUGAAGUCGGAGAAUCACUUAGGAGAGAAAACCAGUUUUCAGAGCAUCUAAUGGAGUCAUCACAAGCUCCACUGUUCAGUCGUAGUGAUGUUCCACAUGCAUUCCAAUGGCGUAUCCGUAACUUACCUUACCCAUUAGAUGUGUACAGAGUUUCCGUUGAAGAUGGAAAUAUCUUAUUGCGGACCACCAACAAAAAAUAUUACAAAAAGUUCAACAUUCCGGAUAUGACCCGAAUGGGUUUACCCCUAAACGAAAAGUCCAUAUCAUUAACCCAUGCUAACAAUACUCUUCUGAUUUCGUACAAAAAGCCAGUAGAAAUCUUAGAAAAUGAAAAACUAGUCCGGCAAUAUGUAAGUACAUUAAAGCCAGUAGAGCAACAAGAAGACUGCAAGACAUCCUGA